GAAUGGAGGCUGCAGAGAUAAAGAAUGCUGACUGCACACAGUCCAUGCACCAUCAAGACACCGGCCAUCUGGUCCCCCACCUGACCACAGAAUUGCUGAAACAUACGGAGGGAAGUGUCGGAGGGAGAGGGAGGCGGACCAGCGGCUUUGAGUGUACUCUUUGAUGUUGACAGAGGGGGCAGGUGACAAGUCUUGGUGGACUCGAUGCCUACGCGAUCGAAGGGUUCAGUUUGGUCAGAGUUUUGGAACUUGCUGCUGCUUGCGCACGUUUGUGUCCCCUUGAAAUCAGGGUCACGGCCAUGCACCUGCUGGCACAAGGUGACAGUGCCAGGGUCAAACAAAAGGGAAACAAUGGAGGCCUUCACAAGACCUUCAUGGCGUCAACUCCUUCUUUCAGGUAAAUGCUCAGAGCACACUUGCCGCCCACCAGACUGCCGCUGCAUUGGAACAGACAUCCCGGGUAGUCUUCCUGUGAACGAAACCCCCCAGAUGGUCAUGCUCACCUUUGACGACAGCGUGAAUGUUGCAAACUAUGACUACUUCACGCAACUGUUCGACGGUAAGUUCCGCAACCCUAACGGCUGUCCCAUCCGCGGAACCUUCUUCGUGUCAGGGGACGCCACUCAGUACCACUUCGUGGAAAAGCUGCACAAGCAGGGGCAGGAGAUUGCGUCACACAGCGUGACGCACCGGUCGCCAACCACCUACUGGGCGCACGCCGGGUACGACGGGUACGUGGAGGAGAUCGAGGGUAUGAGAAAAAAACUGGCCGAGGCAAGCAAUAUACCAAGGGAGAGCAUCCGUGGCAUGCGGGUGCCUUUCCUGCAGGUAGGGGGAGACGACCAGUACCAGAUGCUGGAAGAUUUUGGCUUCACCUACGACACCUCCAUGGUGACAGGCCACUUGUACAAGGACAGCAACCCUCCUAUUUGGCCCUUCACGCUCGACUAUCCCCCGGACUCUAAGACCUGUUCGCUGACUCCGUGUCCCACCAAAUCGUACCCGGGGUUGUGGGAGGUGCCGCUCAUCCGCUGGUACGGGACCAACCGCCUGGCCUGCGCCAUGCCUGACGGAUGCACGAUCGGAGGCGGGCGGGUGGGAACACUGCAAUUCUUGCAGGACAACUUCAGGCGCCACUAUGACACCAACAGAGCGCCUUUCGGCAUCUUCCUGCACGCCUCGUGGUUCCGGAGAAAGGAAGGGAAUCUCGAGGGCCUCAUGGAUUUUCUGCAGGAGAUGAGCCAGAUGAAGGACGUCUGGGUCAUCUCGGUGUCUCAGGUCAUUGACUGGAUGCGCAGCCCCGAGACCAACUCCCGGGCCGGUAAGCUGGACUCAUGGACAUGUUGAGAGAGAGAGAUGAUGACAGAAUCUCUGACGAUGCUCUUUAAGGCUUAUUCACAAAGCGAAACAGUUGACUUGAUGAGGGACAAUGUCAUGGAUGUCUCUAAGGAGUGCUCACACAGCGAAACAAUUAGACAGUCACAGAGAAGUGAUAAUAUCUUGGAAUCUGUCUCUCAUCAGAGAUGUGUGCGCCCCUGAGUGUUUGCAGGCAUGAAAAAGAAUGUGUAUUACUGUGUGUGUGUGUGCUUGUGCGGUGAUUGUUGCCUGUAAUUUUCUCCGAGCUUGACAUGCGGGUUAAUACGUGGUGCGUGCGUCUGUAUAUAAAUAUAUUUUCAUGUUUAUUCAAUGUUUAUGUAUGUUUAUCCAAAAGAGGUUUGGCAGCACAUAUUUAACCGAUCCCAUAAAACACAGGAUCGUAUGUCUUCCUCAGUAUACUUGCAUAUCGAGCACGAUUCUUCGGCACCUUGAGGGGUAGGCAGUGGAUGCGGGAGCUGGUAUUUCCUAGAGGAAUUUUUUUCGAUGCAAAACAGUCUUUUCCUCCGCUGUCCCAAUCGACUCUUUCAUCUGCCAGAUCGGAGGGCCUGGAUAAUGUGUCUGCACACGGCUCACUGGGCAGCCUGCUGCCUCCGGUCAAUCGUCGACAUACGAGAUGGCCAGACUGCCAAUCGGUUCUCCGCGACCAGUCAGCUAACAAGGGCAACGAGACUUUGGCAGCCAUUACUGACUACUUUGUGUAAUGAUGGAGCUAAACAGCAUGGGAAGACUUUCGUGACACUAAGAAUGUCGCUGGUUGGCUGGUUUGGCAGUAAAGUGCUUCCGCCCUGAAGCCAUUUCGAGCUGUGGUGGAGAGGUGGAUAGAAGGUGGGGAGUAAACUGGAGGAUAAAAAAGAACCCAACAAAAAAACAAAGAACAAAACCACCCAAACAAAUAAAAACAAAACAAAAGUAAAAUCCUAGACGACCAGCCUACGAACAGGUGUCCCAUACAGAAAGUGUCCCCCAAAGAGUUCUGAGUGCAGUGGUGAAAGGCGAGUGUUUGAACCCCUGCGAUACCCGGCAAAUCUUUACGGUGUUCACGGCACCAACUCUUAAAGUACACCCUCUAACUGUUCAUCAAAGCAUGCCUAUUUUACAGGGUACAUUAGCAUUAUAACUCCAAAAAGGGAAAAAAAAAAAGACAAAGAGAAAAGACGGCU